CACGUCGAGACGCGCAAGGCCGAGGGCAUCGUGCCGAAGCCCCUGGACGCGGCGCAGUGCGCGCAGCUCGUCGAGCAGCUCAAGGCGCCCGAGGACGACGAGGCGUUCCUGCUCGAGCUGCUCCGGGACCGCGUGCCGCCCGGCGUCGACGAGGCGGCCUACGUCAAGGCGUCGUUCCUCGCGGCGCUGGUCAGCGGCGAGGCGACGAGCCCCAUCGUCGACAAGUACGAGGUCAUGCGCCUCCUGGGCACG